AUGGAUCCCGCAGCUAGUGUUUUCUCCCCUUUCCACAACGAGAUGGAGGGGAAAAACGGCUUCUUGGAGAAUGCCGUGCGAUUGGGAGCGGCUGGGCACAGUUACGGGGCCAAUAUCUCCGCCUCCGCUGCCACCGUAGUGCGCGAAGGUGGGAGAAGAGCCAGCAACACAAGAGACGACGAUUUGAGUCGACGUGGGACUCCCUGCGAUGGUUGCGGGGUGAAUUACACGACAGCCAUGGUGCCAACAGGAGGAGUGUAUUUGUGCGCUGUCUGCGCCACACAGCACGAGUCGCAGCCGAAAGGAAGUCGCUUUCCUCCCAAUACGUUAAAGUGCUGCCCUGCUAGUGUGACGGAGGGAGACGACACCGUCGUGCGCUGCUGCGCGUGCCACGGCUGGUACCACUGUGCAUGCCUAGAUAUUCACGACAGGGCGCUGAAGGAGUACUUGACGUUAUCCACGACGAAGUGGUACUGCAUGGAGCCUUCCUGCUGUGAGAAAGUACUUCAGGAAAAGCUCAAAAAGAGGCGGUAG